UUGAUCAUGAGAAAACGACAGUUAUCCUAUCCUGACGUUUGGUGGCAGUAGUGUCUCGAGGCGUCCCUCUGAGUUCUGUUUCGUCAUUGACAUUUAGGUCCGCCCCCGAAUAGCAGUUCUGUCCUCAGUCAGUCUACGUGUUAGUCAACGGUGGGAAAAUACGUUUUAAGACGUUUUUCUAUCAUAGUAAUCGUGAUGGGAAGGACAUACUUUCGAUUACCACGGAUUUGACACAGUGCAUAUAUUUUCUACGAAUCAAUUAUAGGCCGUUUAUUGAGGGGCCCGUCUUUGUAUUUAGUAGGCUACAACCAUGGAACAAAGAGGACGCGAGGCGUGGAGACAGCGAUGGUGGUGGCUUGUGAUGCUCGCUGUGCUGAACCUUUUGAGGAGUGGUGCUUUAGCACAGAUCCGCUAUUCUGUGUUUGAGGAGAUGGACAAGGGAACGGUCGUUGGGAAUAUAGCGAAGGAUCUAGGCCUGGAUAAGAGUACGUUGAAUUCCAGAGGAUAUCGUAUUGUGGUGGGAACAAACGACCCCCUUUUUCAGGUCAAUACAAAUGAUGGAAUAUUGUAUGUGAGCAGGAAAAUCGACAGAGAGGAGGUGUGUGAACGAAUCAAUCAUUGCUUGAUCAAACUGAAAACCGUACUUGAAAAUCCUUUGGAGAUCCAUUAUGUGUCCGUGGAAAUACUCGAUGUAAAUGAUCACUCUCCAAGUUUUUUCGAAAAAGAGAAAAACCUUGAGAUUUCUGAGUCUGCGCUCCCGGGAGCAAGAUUGCAGCUCCAAGCGGCACGAGACCCCGACGGAGGUCCGUUUUCGGUUCAGGGGUAUAAACUCAGCCACAACGAACACUUCCGAGUGGAAGUCAAGGAUAGAGGGGAAGACCGCAAAGUGCCAUUUUUAGUUCUGCAAAAGCAGUUAGACAGAGAAAGUGUGGCGAAACACAGGCUUAUGCUGACAGCGUUUGAUGGAGGAAAACCGGCUAAAUCAGGCACUAUAGAAAUCAAUGUUGAUGUGCUCGAUGUAAAUGAUAACACUCCUGUAUUUCAAAAAGACGUUUAUUCUACCACACUUAUCGAAAAUGCUUCUAUUGGAACGAUAGUGAUCCAGGUAAAUGCCACUGAUUUAGAUGGAGAUGCGAACGCUGAAGUAAGGUAUUCAUUCGGCAACGAAGUCGACGAAAGAUUAACGGAACUUUUCAGUGUGGAUUCACUUACAGGGGAAAUACGAGUAGUAGGUCUGAUAGACUUUGAGAAAAGCAAGAGUUAUGAGAUUGAUAUUCAGGCAUCAGACAAGGGGCCAGUUCCUUUAAGCGCUGACAAAAGUGUAAUAAUAUCCAUAAUCGACGUUAAUGACAACGCACCAGAAAUAGAAGUGACGUCAUUUUCUAGCACCGUUCCGGAGGACGCACGCAUCGGAACCACGGUAGCUCUUAUCAGCGUGAGUGACCUGGACUCGGGGGUGAACGGGAAAGUGAUCUGCAGCAUCACGGAGGACGUCCCGUUCACCCUGUCUGCGUCUCUACAGGACAACAUGUACGCCCUCGUCACAAAGACCAAGCUGGAUAGAGAACAAAGGUCUCGUUAUCACGUCACAGUCGUGGCGAGAGACACAGGUGUUCCAUCUUUGUCGUCUGAAAAGACCAUAAGCGUUCUUGUGUCUGACGUGAAUGAUAAUCAUCCGGAAUUUUCCCUCAGCCCGUACAACUUUUAUAUUACUGAAAAUAACGCUGCGGGUGGCUCUGUUUUCUCGGUGAAGGCCUCGGAUCGUGAUGAAGGCCAUAAUGCUCUCAUUUCCUAUCAAAUCCUGAGAGAUGGAGGCGAAAGAAGUAAGAUAGCGUCGUUUCUGAACAUUAUCCCAGAAAGUGGUGACAUUUUAGCGCUAAAGAGCCUCGACUUUGAGACAUUGAAAACAUUUAACCUUAAAGUCGUAGCCACCGAUUCCGGCUCACCCACUUUAAGCAGAAAUGUCAGCAUUAACGUGUUCGUUUUGGAUCAAAACGACAACACCCCAGUUAUUCUGUAUCCUGUAAACGCUAAUGGCUCUGCAGAAGGUGUGGAGGAGGUUCCCCGUAACGUCCACGCGGGUCACCUGGUGACUAAAGUGAGAGCCUACGAUGCUGAUAUAGGAUACAACGGCUGGCUGUUAUUCUCACUACAGGAAGUGAGUGACCAUACUCUCUUUGGUUUGGACCGCUAUACUGGACGGAUAAGAACACUGCGCUCAUUCACAGAGACAGACGAGGCUCAACAUAAACUGGUCAUACUGGUCAAAGACAAUGGGAACGUGUCACUCUCAGCAACAGCUACUGUGGUUGUCAAGCUGGUGGAGCCCAAAGUGGCCAUUUCAGCUUCUGAUGUGAAAAGUGCAGCGACUGACAUUGGUGAUAGUGGCGUGACAUUUUAUUUAAUGAUAACUCUGGCUUCAGUUUCAACUCUUUUUCUCAUCAGUAUUAUUGUGCUGAUUGCAAUGCAGUGCUCUAAAACCACGGACGUAUCCUCCAAGUAUUUACCAGAAACAAACUACGAUGGAACUCUUUGUCACAGCAUCCAGUACAGAUCUGGAGAGAAACGCUACAUGUUAGUUGGACCCAGAAUGAGUAUAGGAUCUACUAUAGUCCCGGGGAGCAAUGGAAACACUCUAGUGGUCCCUGACAGGAGGAGCACAUCCGCAGAGGUAAGAAACGACAGUAACCCAUAUUUUAUUGAGUCAGGUACUCUCCUAACAGUUUGUUCGACUGAAUAA